AUGGAUAAUACUAACACUACUCGUCCAGGGCGUGUUGUGAUGGAAGGCGUUGGGGCACGAGUGGGCCGCGGGCCAGACUGGAAGUGGGGAAAACAAGACGGCGGUGAGGGUCAUCUCGGCACCGUCAGGAAUUUCGAGUCCCCGGAAGAAGUAGUCGUCGUUUGGGACAAUGGUACCGCCGCCAACUAUCGAUGUGCCGGGGCGUACGACUUAAGAAUAGUAGACAGUGCUCCAACCGGUAUAAAACAUGAUGGUACCAUGUGUGACACUUGUCGUAUGCAGCCCAUCUUUGGAAUACGAUGGAAAUGUGCAGAGUGUCCUAACUAUGAUUUAUGCUCAGCUUGUUACCAUGGUGAUAAACAUCAUUUACGUCAUCGUUUCUAUCGAAUUAAUACCCCUGGUGGGGAUAGAGUGCCGCUUGAACCCAGAAGAAAGGCUAAAAAAGUUACUGCACGUGGUAUCUUUCCUAGUGCACGUGUGGUGCGCGGUGUUGACUGGCAGUGGGAAGACCAAGAUGGUGGUAAUGGGCGCCGGGGGAAAGUCACAGAAGUACAAGAUUGGAGUGCUUCCAGUCCUCGUAGUGCUGCUUAUGUUAUUUGGGACAAUGGAGCAAAGAAUCUUUAUAGAGUUGGAUUUGAAGGAAUGUCUGACUUGAAAGUUGUUAGUGAUGCCAAAGGAGGCACUUUCUAUCGAGAUCAUUUACCAGUUUUAGAUCUCGGUCUGAAUGGAUGGAUAAUGUCAAAAACUAGGUGGACAUUUAACCCAGCAGUUUUAACUAAAGUGCCGAACUCCAACAGUACAGUGACGAGUGCCAGUGAAACAUCAGUGUCCACUGUACCUUUCCAAGUAGGUGAUCUAGUACAGAUAUGCAGUGACUUGGAGAGAAUCAAGGUCUUACAGCGUGGUCAUGGUGAAUGGGCUGAAGCAAUGUUACCGACUUUAGGAAAGAUAGGACGUGUCCAGCAAAUAUAUCAUGAUUUAGAUUUGAAAGUUGAAGUAUGUGGGACAUCAUGGACUUACAAUCCGGCUGCUGUUACCAAGGUUGCUUCAGAUGGCACGGCAGUGGGAAGUUCAUCAGAGCGUCUAUCUGCCCUACUGAAAAAAUUAUUUGAAACACAUGUAUCUGGGGAUGUUAAUGAAGAGCUCGUGAAAACGGCUGCAAAUGGUGACAGUGUCAAGAUAGAGGAGAUUUUGAAACGAACCGAGGCUGAUGUGAAUGGUAUGUUUGCUGGUCACACUGCUUUACAAGCAGCCAGUCAAAAUGGACACAUAGACGUAGUCAAACUGCUCAUCCGACACUUUGUUGAUCUGGAAACAGAGGAUAAAGACGGAGAUCGAGCUGUUCAUCAUGCAGCAUUUGGUGAUGAAGCAAGCGUGAUUGAGUUAAUACAUAGAGCAGGUGCUGAUCUUAAUGCAAGAAAUAAAAGACGACAAACUGCGCUUCAUAUUGGGGUCAAUAAAGGUCAUAUUGGUGUUGUGAAAACCUUGUUGGAUUUGGGUUGUCAUCCAAGUUUACAGGAUACCGAAGGAGACACACCCUUGCAUGAUUCUAUCAGUAAGAAACGAGACGAUAUGCUGACAUUGUUACUAGAGAGGAAUGCUGAUAUAUGUAUAGCAAAUAAUAACGGUUUUAACGCACUUCAUCACGCUGCUUUGAGAGGAAAUCCUAGUCAAGCAUUUGAAAAAUGUCUAUGGGAGGAGGAGGCUAAGAGUGAAGCAUCUUCAGAAAAGUGGCGUAUUACAUUGACAUUGGUGGAUAUAUAUUCAAAAGAAUCUUGCAAUGGAAGAAAUAGAUUCAAAGAGCCAUUAGGAAUGAAAGAUCUUGCUAUGCGUAUCCUGCUGGCUCACCUGCCACGCCCUUGGAUCGUGGAUGAGAAGAAAGAUGAUGGCUACACAGCUUUACAUCUGGCCGCACUCAACAACCAUGUGGAAGUUGCUGAAUUGUUAGUUCAUCAGCUGCUGGUAAGAGAAGGUUGUAAAUUGGAUAUUCCUGACAAAGAUGGUGAUACCCCACUACAUGAGGCACUCCGUCACCAUACAUUAUCACAGCUCAGACAACUGCAGGAUAUGCAAGAUGUUGGAAAACUACUCAUGGGACUAGGCACCCAGGGAGCCGACAAGAAAAGCAGUGCGUCAAUUGCUUGCUUCCUGGCUGCACAUGGCGCUGAUCUCAACGUGAAAAACAAAAAAGGACAAUCACCGUUGGAUUUAUGUCCUGAUCCAAACCUCUGUAAAGCUCUUGCUAAGUGCCAUAAAGAAAAACGAAGUGAGCCGAUGGUAGCACCCAAUACUGCUACUAUUCACCCACAUCAAGUACAGGAGGCAUAUGAAGAAUGUAUGGUGUGUUCUGAUAUGAAGAGGGAUACCUUGUUUGGACCAUGUGGUCAUAUAGCUACAUGUUCGCUGUGUUCACCUAGAGUUAAAAAAUGUCUUCUGUGCAAGGAACCAGUGCAAUCCCGAACUAAGAUUGAAGAAUGUGUAGUAUGUUCUGACAAGAAAGCGUCUACGUUGUUUGAGCCAUGUGGUCACAUGUGUGCCUGCGAUAGUUGUGCAGCUUUAAUGAAGAAGUGCGUUCAGUGUCGAUCUCAUAUCGAGAAAAUGUCUCCAUUUAUUGUAUGCUGUGGCGGUAAAGGUGAGAAUGCAUAG